CUAUAUUUUUGACCAUUCUUAUAAAUCCAGGGGUAAUACGAUUGUUGGACUUAGAUCUAAAAUGCUAUCGAUCUAGGAAAGGCUACGUAUAGUAAUAAAACGUCUACAGGUGGUAGUAACGCAUAGAAAACGUAAAUACACAAUGUGCCUUGCUGUGCACAAAGCCUCGUAAGUGCAGGUAAAGUUCUUUGUACAUUUGUAGUAGAAAAAAUGAAAGCUGUUUUUUUUUUGUAUGGGAAGAAACAAUAGUUUUGUGCAGAUCGGGAGUGUUACCGAGUUCCGCGCCCACCGGCUUACUAAUGGGCAGUGGAAGCUAAACUUCGAAGUAAAACUAAAUAGUAAAGUAAGUAAGCUAACGUCUGCCUUCGAAUCAUUUUUAUAAGGAACUCGUUGAAUUGCUCAAAAGUAUAAUAACUAUAGAUGGUAGAUGGUAUCUUAAACAAAUGUCUUUUCCAUGCUUUUCAUGACAUAGUGCCAUGUAUCAUCUCUAACGCUUUUAGAAAUGACAUUCUUUUUAUGACUAGGGGAAUCUGAUCAAACGCACAAGAUAUCCAUCCCGAGCCCUUUAAGAGUCGAGCCCAGAUCAUGAAAGAAGCUUAACGUCCUGCAAGCUUCGAAUUCCCAAAUCCAAGAAAUUUCAUCAUUUACCUAAUAUUUGUUUAAACAUAAUAAAUUACUCACAGGCUACCUCCUUCCCGCAAUAAAACGAUAAAUAAAUACAUUAUCUACAGAAACAAGUAAUAAAGACAAUAAGCCAAACGUUUAGCACCGCUGUCCCGAGUUAGAAAAAUCUACCUGAAUGAGGGACAAGCUCCGUUGUCGACGACUCAUUCAGAAUUACUACAAAUAGAAAUAUUUGCAACACGAUUUCAUUUUAGGAUAGUAAAACAACAAAUUUCAUACAGAUACCAAUUUCAAUGGAGGUUUUGUUCAUAAAUGAUUUGCUUUUUUAUUACGUUCCUUUUUUUAAUUAUCAAUGUGUUAUGCAAUUGCCAGUUAUAGAUGUGGCCAAAAGCUGGCAUUUAACAAGCCUAUCUAUCAAGUACGUAAGUCGGGUUACUCGCUCCUGUUACAGCAAAAAAUAAACCUGUAUCGUAUUGUAGCGAAUAGGGCCACGCACUGUACAUCUUAGGACUAUAGACAUGCUUUAUGCCUGGAGCAGAUUGGUGUUAAGAAUAUGAUUGUUUACGACAUAUUUAAUACUGAAUUCUUAAUAAAUCUGUUGCUUUCACCGUAGUCAGCGAACUACUUAUUCUGGCAGUCUAAUCAACGGAUUCUGCUGAUAGCUUGAUUCUGCUGAACUUUACAUGAAGUGACUCUCUCUGUGCGACCGUCACAAUCCAUUUAAUUAGGUAAGACUGGUUCCAUUCCAAAAAAGCUUCCGCAAAAUUUUCGUCAGUUUCCUGGAAAUCUGUCCCGAAUAUCCCACAUUAGACGUAACACGUCUCAAAACAUAAAGAGACACGAAAUCCGUAAUCCGUCAGAUCCGGUGGAUUAACAAGCGUCCCACGGCGCGGAGCUCCGACGUCACGAUAUCCACGAUUCAGGGCGAGCAACACAACUUGUUUACCAUGGCUACACAAGUGUAGGCAUUGUAGAUAUAUUUUCCGACAUUAUGAGUCAUGCGUCCGCCAGGUGAUUGUCUCAACUGUAAUACGAUACGUUAGCUACUACGGUCGAUCACUCAUUGGUGACAGCAAAUGACAAUCAACCUUAUUGCUCUGAAAUACAUGUCAAUGUCUCUAACGAGCUGUGACUAGUAACGUUCAUAGUAGCAUCUGCAAGGCUUGACUAACAUAGACAUUGUUGGAUAGGUCAACGAAAUAUGGUGGACAUAUUUUUUUGUCGUUGGUUCAUUUCAAAGCUAAGAGGUCAUAUCAGUCUAAGAUGACUUGGAGUUAAUGCCUAAUGUUUUUAUCAGUGAUAACGUUAUAAAUAAACUUAAUAAAUAGUGGCAAUAGAUAACAGCUGUCCAUCGCAGACUGCCGAGGUACUAAGUCCGUAAAAACAACGUUAAACUUUGUUAAGUAAGUGUUUAAUACGAAACAUGUCGACGCCGUCUAAACGCCCAUCGUCUCAGGCGUCCUCAGAUGCACCUACACCGUCGCGCAGGACGCGAUCGUCGCAACAAUUGGUUGUACCAGAAACUCCACAGCGAUCCAGCGGCACUCCGUCGAAAGAUGGAACCCCCAGCACUCCUCAAGGGACUCCACAGACACCGGGGACCCCCAGACGAACCCCACGCACACCAAGAGAUCUGGGCCCUGGCACAUCACCUGCUCGUGCCCUAGCUUCCAGUCCACUUGGCACCGACAUAGACAUGAGUUCCCCUCUGAACUAUGGCACACCGAGUUCCCUAAGCACGCCGCGGUCCAACCUGCGCGGCGCCAUGACGCCCGCCCGCCAGCGCUCGGACCUGCGCAGCCAGCACUCGCGGAAUGUGCCCCUGCCAGCGCCCACACCCACAAGAGGGCUGGAAGAAGCAGACGUACCAUCAAGUGAGCCGCAACUGGUGGUGUGGGGUACCGACGUGGCCAUCGCCGAGUGCCGCGAUAAGUUCAUCAAGUUCAUCCAGAGGUUCGCUGAGCCUAACGCCGUCACUAAUGAGCCGCUGUACGGCCAGAAGCUAGAGGAGAUAAACACACUGGAAGAACCCUUCCUAGAUGUAGACUGCGAGCACGUCAAAAUUUUUGACCCUAAACUGCAUCGACAACUGAUCUGCUACCCACAAGAGGUGGUCCCAGCAUUCGACGCGGCCGUGAACGAGUUGUUCUUCGAACGUUACCCAGCCGCCGUGCUCGAGCAUCAGAUACAAGUGCGGCCGUUCAAUGCGCCGCAGCGACACAUGAGGGACCUCAACCCUGAAGACAUCGACCAGCUGGUGACGCUGUCAGGCAUGGUGAUCCGCACGUCGGGGCUGGUCCCGGAGAUGCGCGAGGCGUACUUCCGCUGCGCGGUGUGCGGCGCCGCCGCCUGCGCCGAGCUGGAGCGCGGCCGCGUGCCCGAGCCCGCCGCCUGCGCCGUCUGCCACACCGCGCACUCGCACCAGCUCAUACACAACCGCUCGCACUUCAGCGACAAGCAGCUCGUCAAGCUGCAGGAGUCGCCCGACGACAUGCCAGCAGGGCGCACGCCGGCCACGGUGAGCGUGCUGGCGCACGGCGCGCUGGUGGAGGCGGUGGGCGCGGGCGAGCGCGUCCGCGUCACGGGCGUGUUCCGCGCCGCGCCCGCCGCCCUGCACCCGCGCAAGGCCACGCUGCGCGCGCUGCACAGGACGCACGUGGACGCGCUGCACUACCGCAAGGGGCACAGCGACAGGCUGCUCGAGACCGAGGACGGCAAAGAGCACCGCUUCCCACCGGAGCGUGUCGAGCUAUUCAAAGCUCUGGCCUCCCAGCCCGAUAGCUACGAGCGUCUCGCGCGAGCCAUCGCGCCAUCCAUCUACGAGAACCUGGACAUCAAGAAGGGCUGUCUGUUGCAACUGUUAGGUGGCACCAAAAAGAACUUCAAUGCCGCGGGAAGGACGCAUUUCAGGUCUGAGAUCAACAUCCUGCUGUGCGGCGACCCUGGCACGAGCAAGUCGCAGCUGCUGCGCUGGGUCCACGCGCUGGUCCCGCGCGCGCAGUACACGUCGGGCCGCGGCUCCUCCGCCGUCGGACUCACCGCUUACGUCAGCAAGGACCCCGACACCCGCCAGCUCGUGUUGCAGACAGGAGCACUAGUACUUGCUGACAAUGGUAUAUGCUGCAUUGAUGAAUUUGACAAGAUGAACGACUCAACACGCAGUGUACUACACGAGGUAAUGGAACAACAAACUCUGUCAAUCGCGAAGGCGGGCAUCAUCUGUCAGCUGAACGCGCGCACGUCUAUCCUGGCCGCCGCGAACCCCGCCGAGUCGCAGUGGAACAAGAACAAAACUAUCGUGGAGAACGUGCAGCUACCUCACACACUGAUGUCCAGAUUCGAUCUAAUCUUCUUAGUGCUGGACCCACAAGACGAGGUGUUCGACCGUCGCCUCGCCUCGCAUCUUGUGUCACUCUACUACAAAGACUUCACAAACUCACAGGAUGACGAGGAUAUGGUUAAUAUGUCGUUAAUGCGCGACUACAUAGCGUUCGCGAAGGAGCACGUGCAGCCGACACUCAGUGAGGCCGCGCAGCAGAGACUUAUCGACUCCUACGUCGACAUGAGACGUGUGGGCAGUGGCCGCGGCCAGAUCUCAGCGUAUCCGCGUCAGUUGGAGUCGCUCAUACGUCUCGCCGAGGCUCAUGCUAGACUGCGCUUGUCGCCUGUUGUCGAGGUAUCCGACGUCGAUGAAGCUUCCAGACUCCACCGCGAAGCCCUGAAGCAGUCUGCCACGGACCCGGCGUCAGGCCGCAUCGACGUGGGCAUCCUGACGACCGGGCGCGGCGCGGCGGCCCGCAAGCGGCGCGCGGACCUGGCGCAGGCGCUGGCCGCGCUGCUGCAGGCCCUGCCGCGACCGCACACGCUCACGCACAACAAGCUGCUGCAGGACGUUAAUGCUAACUCGCAGAUUACUGUAAGUCGUGACCAGUUGGACGAAGCUCUCCGCGACCUGCAGGACCAGGGCAAGCUCACCGUCGUCAGCCACACGCACAUACGAUUGAUCUGAAACCCUACUUAAUUCCAUGUUACAUUAAGUUUACUUUUGAUACCUGUUAAAUAUAAGCCAUAUUUUUUAA